AUGAAUACAAAGAAUAAGGAAUUGAAUUACGCUGCUUUACUUGAAAAGUUAAAUGUUGAUAUAAUACCAUUGGAUAGGCAGUGUACAAAGUACAAGUCGAUUGAAAACUAUAUAAGUGUUGGUGCAGAUCACAAGAAGAACAGUGUUCAUAUCAAAUGCUUGGAUAUCUUUGAGGCGAAACGAAAGGUUGACACUCACAAGCAUUUCCCCGACAUUGAAGAACCUACUCUAAAGCGUCCUCUCUAUUGGUAUGGUUGUCUAGUGAGUAGCGUUGCCGCCAAACUAAAGAAUGGUAUUGCCUUUUCACAUAAUAAAUAUACCUCUUAUAGAGCUGGAUUGUUAAACUUUAAGGAUUCAACACCAAACAAAGGUGUGCUAAUGUUGUUCGAAGUGAACUACAAGAAUAAGAAGAUUCCAGUAGAGAUGGAAAUAGACAAGGAGAAGAGCGCCAACUAUUUUAAAUCGUUAGAGAACUUUAAUGAUAAUGAUGAUACAGACGAUGAAUCAGAAAUAAGCAACAACAACAACAACAACAACAAUAACAAUAACAAUAAGAGUAAAGAUAAUAGUGAUAACGAUAAGAAUGUUUACUGUACAGAUAUAAAAGACACUAUCGAUUUAACAGAGAUGUUACAUAUCACUGGUAAAUACUCACCCAAUCCCAAUGGUCAUAUAUUUGAUGGCAAUAUCUUUAUACCUGCAGGUGAACUUGUUCCAACGACUCAAGUCAAUCAGUCACAAGGUUGGUUGAAUGGAUUUAUCAAAGUGUGGGGUGACUAUAAUCAAUUCCUUUUGCUCAACCAAAAUUUGUUAAAACUAAGAUAUAUAGUUAUGGUAGAAUGUAGUAAGGCAACAAAUCAACAAAAGAAACAGCAGCAGCAACAACAAUCAAAUCAACCUAUAGAUUUAGAUGCUGAAAAUAUAGAUAAGAAUAACAAGAAAUCAACUACUACUAAAAAUAAUGAAGAUAUAUGGCGAUCAGUUAUAAAGAAGAGGUCACAUGACGAUGAUGAAAACGAAGAAGGUAAUAAUAAUAGUAGUAGGAAGAAAAAAAUGACAGAUUUACAUAAAGAAUGGGAAAAAGUACAAGAGAUGGCUUUUGCUUCAUGGGUCAACUCUGUAUUGGAGAAGCGUGGUGGUGUCGAAAAGAUUUCCGAUGUCUCCACUGAUUUGAGUGAUGGUGUCAAGCUAAUCUUUUUCUUAGAGUCUGUCUCUGGCAAGAAGUUCCCAAAGAAAUUCGAUUUGGAGCCAAAGACACGUAUCUUGAGAAUUCAAAAUCUCCAUUUGGCAAUGUUGUUCGUUGAUGAAGAUCUCAAAGUUAAAGUUCAAGGUGUUGCUGCUGAAGAAUUUGUUGACAAUAAUAAAAAGAUGAUUCUUGGUUUCUUGUGGACUUUGUAUCGUAAAUAUCGUAUCUCUGUCAUCAAUGAAGGUGACAAGAGUUCAGAGGAAGGUUUGUUGGCAUGGGUAAAGAAGACUACCGAUGGAUACUCCGGUGUCAAUAUCACCAACUUCAAGGCGAGUUUCCGUGAUGGAAACGCCUACUUGGCACUGGCACACAAGUUUGAUCCAUCGGUGUUCAAAUACGACGAGUUCUCCGGAAAGGAUCAGAUCGAGCGUCUCAACGCCGCUUUCGACUUUGCAGAGAAAGGACUGGGUAUCCCCAAGUUGCUCGACGCCGAGUCACUCUCAAAGGGCAACGUCGACGAGCGUUCCAUCAUUUUGUACACAUCGUUGUUCUUCCACGCCUACCGUGCCAAGGAGGAGCGUGAAGCGUUGGAGGCAUCACAGAAUUCGUUGGCCAACAAGCUUGCCUCGCUCGAGCAGUCGCUCGAAGGCGAGAAGACCUCGCAGGACGAGCUCGCCCGUCAAAAGAAAGAGUUGGAAGAGUCGUUGCGUUUGAUUCGUCAGCAAAACGAACAGCGUAAUCAACGUAUCGCCGACAUCCAAUCAAAGAUCGACGACGCCCUCAGAGGAAUCGACGACGAGAAGAUGGCCAAGCUCGACUUGGAGUCGCGUCUCUCCAAGACCGAGAAGGACAAGGCCAUUCUCGAGUUGAAGCUCGCCGAGACACUCGACGAGAACGAGCGUCUCCGCAACAAGAUCGAAGAGGACAAGAAGCGUGCCGCUGCCGAAGCCGAGGGUCUCGGACUGCUCCGUACUCACAUCGGUCACCAAAUCACAGACAUUGCCAAGUGGCAGUCGUUCCUCGACAACCCAGAGGCUGUACCAUACACCAAGACACCGGUAAACCUCGAGGCAGAACUCGCUUCACUCCAAUUCGAAGAGCAAGCCAAGAGAUUAGGUUCCAAGGUCGAAAACGAAAACAUUUCAUUGGAGAAAUACUUGUCACUCAAGGAAGAGGAAUUGAAGAGUGCUGGUGCUCCAAAGAAGAGAACCAAACUCAUUGUUAAUGUUGAGUUGCUUCUACACCUUUUUGAAGAUCUAAAGUAA